AUGCAGCGGCCGGGUGGUCGCCAUCGCCACAAUGGCCACUCUCUGCUCCGCAAUAACAAUUCCAUGGCCUCAUACAUCGCUUCUCCUCCGCCGCGCGCUGCCUCCACCGGCGCCUAUGCGGAAUACUCCAACAACAACAACAACAGGCCUAUAAAGCCCGAGCUGGUCUGCAAAUGGACGGACCACGAGCACCGUGACCGAACUUCAAAACAAAGGAUAUGCGACCAAACUUUCAGCUCCAUGCACGAGCUGGUGGACCACGUAAGCACCGAGCACGUCGCUGGGCUCGAGCCCCUGAGCCAUGUUUGUAUGUGGGAAAAAUGCCUGAGAGAAGGAAAGGCGUUUAAAGCCAAAUAUAAACUGAUCAACCACAUCAGGGUACACACUGGGGAGAAACCAUUCUCCUGCACUUUCCCAGACUGCGGGAAAGUGUUCGCUCGGUCGGAAAACCUCAAGAUUCACACGCGCACGCACACAGGUAUGUAGAUUAUGUUCCAUAAAGGACACUGGGAAUGCCAAAAAAGAACCUACCUUUUCGUCUCCUUCAGUCCAUAGUGAAAGGUUGUUAUUCUACAUAGCGUCAUUGGGCCUAUACUAAAACUAAACAAUUGGACAACAUUUCUGAUGAUAUACAGUAGGUCAGUCACUGCUUGCCAGACAUGCAGAACACGUCAUCAUGUUGACAUGUUCCACACACCGUCCUAUUCAGGAAGUAGCCUGAUUGUGGAGUAGCAGGUUACAUUGUGUGGUGGGGUUUGCCCAUUGACAAGAAGCAAAGGACCUUAAAGGAGAGCCAGUGAAGCAAGCUGUAGAAAAGGGAUGUUGUUCUCAAUCAGUGAAGUGACACUGUUUGCCAUAUUUCACGCAGCUCCACCAACUCCAAGCUGACAGAUGGUGCAUGGUAAAAGCAGUAGGGUGGACCUUGUAUGUUGUGUUGAAGAUGUUUAGUCUUGUGACUGAUAUCAUGUGACAUUCUAUUUCCUCCCCAUAAUAUCUUCACCUCUUUUUCUAGGUGAGAAGCCAUUUCAAUGUGAGUUCACCGGCUGCCUGCGGAAAUUUGCCAACAGCAGUGACCGUAAGAAGCACUCGCAGGUCCACACCAGCGCCAAACCGUACGACUGCAAGGCCCACGGCUGCUUCAAGUCCUACACACACCCCAGCUCCCUCAGAAAACACAUGAAGAUCCACCUCAACGCACUCAAGUCCUCUCCUACCUCGGAACCCAUAGACCUGUCAUUCACAGGGAUUCUUGGGAAACGUAGUUCCCGGGAUUAUGUAGCUUCGCGGACUAACUGCUCAUCUUCUAGGCUCUCGCUGCCUCCGGCGGUGUCCAACAUUAAGGAGUGGUACGUGUGUACCAGGACCACAGGUCAGGGACAGAACUACCUCCAACUCACAGCAGAUGAGAUCAAGUCAGAGCCAUGUAGCGGUGAUGAGGAGUAUUAUAAUACGACGUAGCAGCAGGACAAUGCUUUGCAGUAUGGACUGUGUGAACUACAAUGAAUCCCAAAUACAGGGAUAGAACUGGAAGAUGAACACAACAUACGUCCCCUGUCAAUAUGGAGAUGUGGUGAACACAACAUACGUCCCCUGUCAAUAUGGAGAUGUGGUGAACUCAAC